AUGGACUCCGAAAAGGCGCAAGACAGCCCGCUGUCCGAAUCGCCACCCGAACAAUACUCUGUCUUCACAAAGAUUGAGAAGCGAUGUAUCACUGCCAUGGUAGCAUACGCUGCGGCCUUCUCAACUCUGAGCAGUUUCAUCUACUUUCCCGCUAUAAGCCAACUGGCCGACUCACUCUCAGUCUCGAUUGAUAAGAUCAACUUAACGAUCACUUCGUACAUGGCUGUCGCAACUGUCGCCCCGGCUUUGAUGGGAGAUGCCGCUGAUAUCCUCGGUCGAAGACCAACGUAUCUCGUUGCUCUCACUUUGUACGUCGCAGUAAACAUCGUAACUGCCUCGGCCCAUUCCUACGUUGCUCUCUUGGUUCUGAGGUUGUUUCAGGCCUUGGCAAUUUCUGGUGUUUUCUCGGUUGCGUACGGCGUAGUGACGGAUAUCGCAACACCUGCUGAGCGUGGGUCCUAUGUUGCUGCUGUCUCCUUUGCCUCUACAAUUGCUCCUAGUCUGGGGCCAAUCCUGGGAGGGACAUUGACCUAUGCUGCCGGUUGGCCCUGGAUCUUUUGGUUCUUGGCUCUUGCAUCUGGCUCUUGUCUUGUUAUCAUGGUGUUCUGCCUCCCAGAAACUUCCCGCAAUCUCGUUGGGAAUGGCUCUAUCAGACCCAUGAGGUACUUGCAGCUGCCCAUGCGCGGCUUCAUGAGCCAUUGGGAAAAGACUGACCAAGCUCCAAGGCCGUUGUUGCGGAUCCCCAACCCCAUCAAGUCACUCAAGAUCCUCAUCCGCAAGGACAACAUCAUCAUCACGCUGGCCUGCGGCCUCAUGUACUCGGUCUACACUUGCAUCUGUGCCUCGCUUUCCGUCCAUUUCAUUGAGAUCUACAGGCUCAACCAGUUGCAAACUGGUCUCAUUUACAUCCCAUUCGGUUUCGGCGGCACGGUCUCGUCGUUCUUCUGCGGCCCGUUGCUGAACAGGGCGUAUCGUCACAUAAGAAUCAAGCAGGGGCUCUCUACAGACCAGUCCGUCGCAGAUAACCUUGACCACUUUCCAGUGGAGAAGGCCCGCCUCGUGGUCAUAUGGGUACCGCUGUCGAUGACAAUCAUGUGCUUGGUGGCUUUUGGCUGGACACUUCACUUCCAUCUUCACAUUGCCAUUCCUCUCUGCCUCCAAUUCAUACUUGGACUGGUCAUGCAACUAGAUUUCAGUAUAUACAAUGCUCUCCUCGUCGACAAGAACCACCGAAAUCCGGCAGCAGCUCAAGCUUCGAGCAAUAUAGUGCGUUGCGGAAUGGCAGCCAUUGUAGUGGCCUUCUUGCAGAACCUGAUCGAUGCGCUCGGUAUCGGGUGGACAUAUACAUUCAUGGCUGGACUAUGUGUGAUCGUCACCGGGUUGUUCCUGGUCGACUACCUCUACGGCACGGCUUGGAGACAAAAGUACCUCAGCAAAUCGCAGACGUAG